CAAUUUCUGGAUGAACGUACAAAAACAUGCUUUUUUUCCUCAUAUUAACAAUUUCAAGUUCGGUGACCGAAAGUGUAACAUUUGAAAUUACUCACCAAUGGUCCUACAUCAAUUUCACUUGGGAAAGUUCCAUCGUCUACGCAGAAGCCAUCAAAUCUCGCCAGUACAUCCCGGAGCACGUCGCCAUGACCGGAAUCAAAUUCUACCGGAGUCGGUGGUACAUCGCUUUGCCCAAAUUCCGGCCCGGAGUUCCGGUCACUCUGGCCUACAUUUCCGCCAAUGAGUCACAAACAAACCCACUUUUGACCCCUUACCCGGACUGGAAAUCCAACACCGACCCCACAUGUGAGGGGGUCAAGGCGGUGCAAAGCUUCGAAAUUGACCGGAAUGGGGUCCUGUGGGUACUGGACGGCUUCCGGUUGACUCCGGCCACCACGUGUCCCACUAAACUCAUUUGUUACGACUUAAAGACACACCGCCGCAUCCGGAGUUUCACAUUCCCGAAAACAAUCGGGCUCCGGAGGGGCGGUUUUUUCAACGAUAUCGUCGUCGAUGAUAGUGGCUAUGUGUACAUAACAGAUGCCAGUUUCAUCGACCCCGGAUUAAUUGUGUUCUCGGUCCGGGAAAACCGGGCUUGGAAAUUCCGGGACGGGUCCAUGUUUCCGCAAAUGCGAGCUGCGAAUUUCGUGGUUGAUGAUAUGGUGUUCACACAGUUGGGGACCAUUAAUGGUAUUGCGCUCACCCCUCGGGGGCGUAACCCCCGGAUGCUGCUGUACUGCUCCUUGGUCGGAUUUAGCGUCUUUGGGAUAAGUACCGAAAUUUUGAAACGGGAGGAUUUACUGAGUAGUGGCGAUUGGAGGGCUAAUGUGACCUAUUUGGGGGAUAAACAGGCUCAAGGUGACGGGAUGGCAAUGGACGAAUUGGGGAAUUUGUACUACGGUUUGUUGCCACUUUAUGGAGUAGGGAAAUGGAAGGUGCUUGGGGGAAUACCACCCGAAAUUUUGUACCAGAACCGGAGUACGAUGAUUUGGCCUGAUAGUUUCGCUUUCGACAACCAGGGUUACACCUAUGUGCUUGCUGAUUCCAUUCACAAGUUCGCAGAUUCCAAUGUUAGGCUUGUUCUAAACGAUAAAAUUCAAUUCAGGAUUUUUAAAUUUUUCACAGGAACAAAAAGUUAUUUGUUUUAAUGUUUUUAUCAGCACUUUGUAUUACUUUUUUCGACUUAAGGGGUUACGGUU